GAAAACAUAACCUUCUAUCCUGGUGGAGGCAUUUUUUCCUGGCAUGAUGUCUUCUCUUUCCAAUUCUGAUGAGUUGAUUUUUUUUGUAAAUGGAAGAAAGGUCAUAGAGAAGAAUGCUGACCCUGAAGUAAAUCUGCUCUUCUACCUGAGGAAAAAAUUCCGCCUCACAGGCACCAAGUACGGCUGUGGGGGAGGAGGCUGUGGCGCCUGCACCGUCAUGGUGUCGAGGUACGACCCCAAGACCAAGAAGAUCCACCAUUUUCCAGUUACAGCAUGCCUGGUUCCUAUCUGCUUGCUGUAUGGGGCUGCUGUCACCACAGUGGAAGGAGUGGGAAGCAUCAGAACCAGGAUUCACCCCGUGCAGGAAAGACUCGCCAAGUGUCACGGCACGCAGUGCGGCUUCUGCAGCCCAGGGAUGGUGAUGUCCAUCUACACGCUGCUGAGGAACCACCCGGAGCCGACCCCCGCGCAGAUAACCGAAGCCCUUGGAGGUAAUUUGUGCCGCUGUACUGGAUACCGACCAAUUGUAGAAAGUGGAAAAACUUUCUGUGUGGAAUCAACUGUUUGUCAAAUGAAAGGAUCAGGAAAAUGUUGCAUGGAUCAAGAUGAGAAUUCCAUUUGUACUUUGUUUCGUUUUGUUGAGAUGUGUACCAAGCUGUACAAUGAAGAUGAAUUCCAGCCCUUGGAUCCAUCCCAGGAACCUAUAUUCCCUUCUGAACUCAUAAGAAUGGCAGAAGAUCCAAACAAAAGAAGGCUAAUGUUCCAAGGGGAGAGGACCACCUGGAUCACCCCUGUAACCUUGAACGACCUUGUGGAGCUGAAAACCAGUUUCCCCAAAGCCCCCAUUGUCAUGGGAAACACUGAAGUGGGACCCAGAAUUAAAUUCAGAGAUGAAUUCCAUCCAGUUUUUAUAUCUCCACUUGGGCUUCCAGAACUCUAUUUUGUGGACAGCACAGAUGAUGGGGUGACAAUAGGUGCGGGAUACAGCCUGGCCCAGUUGAAUGAUGCCUUACAUUUCAUUGUUUCUGAGCAACCAAAGGAGAAGACAAAGACCUACCGUGCUCUCUUGAAGCACCUGAGGACACUGGCUGGAGCCCAGAUUAGGAAUAUGGCGACUUUAGGAGGACAUGUGGUGAGCAGGCCUAAUUAUUCUGACCUAAAUCCCAUUUUAGCAGCAGGAAAUGCUACCAUCAAUGUGAUAUCCAAAGAAGGAGAACGGCAGAUUCCUCUAGAUGGCCAUUUCCUUGAGAGAUCACCUGAAGCCAGACUUAAGUCAGAGGAGAUUGUGUUAUCUGUGUAUAUUCCACACUCUACUCAGUGGCACUUUGUGUUGGGACUCCGGAUGGCCCAGCGUCAGGAGAAUGCCUUCGCCAUUGUCAAUGCUGGGAUGAGUGUGAAGUUCGAGGAUGGCACAGACACAAUCAAGGACCUUCAGAUGUUCUAUGGGAGUGUUGGCCCCACUGUUGUCUCUGCAAGACAGACCUGCCAGCAGCUCAUUGGGAGGUACUGGGAUGACCAAAUGCUGAGUGACGCUUGCCGAUUGGUGCUGGGUGAGAUUUACAUCCCACCAGCAGCUGAGGGCGGAAUGGUGGAAUAUAGGCGCACCCUGAUCAUCAGCUUGCUCUUCAAAUUCUACCUUAAAGUGAGGCGAAGACUGAAUAAAAUGGAUCCCCAGAAGUUUCCAGAUAUCCCAGAAAAGUUCAUGAGUGCUCUAGAAGACUUCCCCAUAGAAACACCCCGAGGAAUUCAGAUGUUCCAGUGUGUGGAUCCUUACCAACCCCCACAAGAUCCAGUCGGUCACCCGAUCAUGCACCAGUCAGCCAUUAAACACACCACAGGGGAGGCUGUGUUUGUUGAUGACAUGCCCCCUGUCGCCCAAGAACUCUUCCUGGCUGUAGUCACCAGCACCCGAGCUCAUGCAAAGAUCAUGGCAAUUGAUGCUUCAGAAGCCCUGGCAGUUCCAGGUGUUGUUGAUGUGAUCACAGCGGAGGACGUUCCAGGAGAUAAUAACCAUCACGGAGAGGUCUUCUAUGCACAGGAUGAGGUAAUCUGCGUGGGUCAGAUUGUCUGCACGGUGGCUGCUGAUACCUACGCUCAUGCAAGAGAGGCUGCUAAAAAGGUGAAGAUCACGUAUGAAGAUCUGGAACCAAGGAUUAUCACGAUAGAGCAAGCCCUAAAGCACAAUUCAUUUCUUACUGUUGAGAAAAAAAUUGAGCAAGGAAAUGUAGAGCAAGCCUUUAAGUAUGUUGACCAAAUCAUUGAAGGUGAGGUCCACAUGGAAGGACAGGAACAUUUUUACAUGGAAACGCAGACUGUCCUGGCUAUACCUAAAGAAGAAGAUAAAGAAAUUGUGUUACACCUUGGAACACAGUUUCCAACCCAUGUGCAGGAAUUUGUGGCUGCAGCACUAAACAUUCCGAGGAGUAGAAUUGGGUGUCACAUGAAAAGAACUGGAGGAGCAUUUGGGGGAAAAGUGACCAAGCCCGCUCUGCUAGGAGCUGUCAGUGCUGUGGCCGCCACCAAGACCGGCCGCCCAAUACGGUUUAUUCUGGAACGUGGUGAUGACAUGUUGAUAACUGCGGGCCGCCACCCACUUCUCGGAAAAUACAAAGUUGGGUUCAUGAACAAUGGUGUGAUCAAAGCUGCUGAUGUUGAAUAUUAUAUCAACGGUGGAUGCACUCCUGAUGAGUCUGAGUUGGUUAUUGAGUUCGUUGUGCUGAAAUCUGAAAAUGCAUAUAAUAUUCCUAAUUUCCGGUGCCGGGGUAGAGCGUGCAGAACAAAUUUGCCAUCCAACACUGCUUUUCGAGGAUUUGGAUUUCCCCAGGUCGCGGUGGUAGUCGAAACUUAUAUAACUGCUGUGGCAUCUCAAUGUAACUUACCCCCUGAACAGGUUAAAGAAAUAAACAUGUAUAAGAGAAUUAGCAAAACAGCCUAUAAGCAGACAUUUAAUCCAGAGCCCUUGAGAAGAUGCUGGAAAGAAUGUCUGGAGAAAUCUUCAUUCUCUGCUAGGAAAUUGGCUGCUGAGGAAUUUAACAAAAAGAAUUACUGGAAGAAGAGGGGGCUUGCCGUGAUCCCCAUGAAAUUUACCAUUGGGAUGCCCACAGCCUACUACAACCAGGGUGCUGCUCUAGUCCACAUCUAUCUCGAUGGGUCUGUCUUGGUGAUUCAUGGUGGCUGUGAAUUGGGACAAGGCCUUCACACCAAAAUGAUUCAGGUGGCGAGUCGAGAACUGAACAUCCCCGAAUCGUACAUCCACCUGUCUGAGACGAGCACCAUCACCGUGCCCAACGCUAUCUUCACGGCCGGGUCGCUGGGGACAGACAUCUACGGGAGGGCCGUGCAGAAUGCCUGCCAAAUCCUAAUGGCUCGUCUUCAGCCGGUCAUCAGGAAAAACCCUAAGGGAACAUGGGAGGAAUGGAUUGCAAAAGCCUUCACAGAAUCCAUCAGUCUCUCAGCUACUGGAUAUUUCAAAGGCUACCAGACAAAUAUGGACUGGGAGAAGGAGGAAGGUGACGCUUACCCGUAUUACGUUUAUGGCGCAGCCUGUUCUGAGGUUGAAGUCGACUGUCUGACGGGGGCUCAUAAGCUCCUUAGGACUGAUAUCUUCAUGGAUGCUGCUUUCAGCAUAAACCCAGCCCUGGACAUUGGACAGGUUGAAGGAGCAUUUAUCCAAGGCAUGGGACUAUACACCAUAGAAGAACUGAAAUACUCCCCAGAGGGUGUGCUUUAUUCUCGGAGUCCAGAUGACUACAAAAUUCCCACCGUCACUGAAAUCCCCGAAGAGUUCCACGUCACUUUGGUGCGUUCCCGAAAUCCCAUCGCCAUCUAUUCAUCCAAGGGGUUGGGUGAGGCUGGAAUGUUCAUGGGAUCCUCCGUGUUGUUCGCCAUAUAUGAUGCAGUGGCCGCUGCCCGCAGAGAGAGGGGGCUGACCAAGACCUUCACCCUGCACAGUCCAGCAACUCCUGAGUUGAUUAGGAUGACUUGUGUGGAUCAGUUUACCGACAUGAUUCCCAGGGAUGAUGCUUCAACAUUUACACCUUGGUCCAUCCGUGUGUCUUAA